AUGGGUCCUGCUCUCCUCCUGCUGCUCACUGCAGCUGGUGUCUGGCAAGGCUUGACAUCCCCAGUUAUCAGCCCUGAUCUCCCUGCUCUGGUUGUCAACACGGGUGAUCCAGUCAUCUUGUACUGCUCAGGGGAGACCAAGGUCGAAUGGGAAAGUCGGAAGGAUACAUUCAGCAACCACACCAGCAGCACACUCAGCAUUCCCAAGGCCACUUACAGAGAUACAGGCACCUAUAAGUGUGCUUAUGUCAACAGCAGUGACAAAGACAUUGCAACUGUGCAUCUGUUUGUGCGAGAUCCCAAUAAUGUUUGGUCUGUCCCAAUUUUACGGAUCUCUGUGACCAAAGGUGAUGAUGCUGAAUUCCCCUGUCUCAUCACGGCCCCCGAGUAUGGAUCCAGUGUGACUCUGAUAAUGGAUGAUGGCUCUAAUCUCUCACCUGGGACCAACUAUUCUUUCAGUCCUGAGAAAGGAAUAACACUUCACAAUGUGCAAAGCAAGCAGAAGGGCUAUUACCGAUGCCAAGCAGUGGUAAAUGGAAAAAUAGAGAAGUCAUCCAAAAUAAGACUGCUUGUGAAAGAAGGACCUGAGAAGCCUGUGUCAGUGAUGAUGGACCCUACAGACCAUGUGCGGAUCGUGGGUGAACCCUUCAAAAUCACUUGCAGAGUAAUUGCUCCUUCCCACAAGUAUGACAUCAGAUGGGUGACACCAGCCAAGAACGUCAAGAGUACUAAAAAGCCUGACUUUGGAAAUGAUAACUAUGUCAUCAGCAACAUCCUGACUGUCCCAGCUGUGACCAUGGAAGAUAGUGGGAAAUACACUUGUAUAGCUAAUAACUCAGCAGGAUUCNNNAAUGCCUCGACAAUGCUUCAGGUGGUAGAGAAUGGUUAUGUGUUCCUGACCCCAGUGCAAGCCACCAGCCAGGAAGUUGCUUUGGGAGACAGUCUGGAGCUGCAAGUACACAUUGAGGCUUAUCCAAAACUUCUCUACUGGGGCUGGGAGCACACAAACCCCUUGAACUCUGGGAGUACCACAUUCAAGGGCCACAUGACCUCUGGAAACAACUGGUACAACAAUACACUCUUCCUGAACCGCCUGCAGGAAGGAGAGGGAGGUCUCUAUACAUUUAAUGCCCUCAACAAUGAGACCAAUGCAUCAGUUACCUUCAGUAUCUCCCUGAAAUCUCCUCCGAGGGUCUGCAAAGUCAAGGUCCCAGCCAACGACUCCAGCAUCCUCCAAUGCAUGGCCAUUGGCUACCCUGCCCCGCGCAUUGAGUGGUACCAGUGCUCCAUUUACUCUGACAGAUACAGUGAGGACUAUAAGUUGCUACUGAAUGACUCCAGUCCCCAGGUGGUGAAUAUGCUGCCCUUCCAUGAGGUGGAGGUGGAGAGUGCCAUCCCUUUCCAGGAGCUGGGUCCCAAUUUCACCUUCUGCUGUGUGGCUGUUAACAGAGAGGGGAAUUUUUCUGACAUGUUUCACUCGCUCACCAUCACCAGAAGUGUCAUGGCCCCUCCAAACAAGUUCUUCAGCCCUGUUCUCUCCACCUGCAUAGGCACUUCGGUCCUGCUGCUCCUUCUGCUCCUCUUCCUCCUCUACAAGUACAACCAGAAACCCAAGUACCAGGUACGGUGGAAGAUCAUUGAGGCCUGUGAAGGGAAUAACUACAUAUUUAUCGAUCCAACUCAGCUGCCAUACAAUGAAAAAUGGGAGUUUCCCAGGAAUAACCUCCAGUUUGGAAAAACUCUUGGAGCAGGAGCCUUUGGAAAAGUGGUAGAAGCUACUGCUUUUGGUCUUGGCAAAGAAGAUUCAGUCCUCAAAGUGGCUGUGAAGAUGCUAAAGUCAUCAGCAGACACAGAUGAGCAAGAGGCUCUCAUGUCUGAGCUGAAGAUCAUGAGCCACUUGGGACACCACGAGAACAUUGUUAAUCUGCUGGGAGCAUGCACCUAUGGAGGCCCAAUCCUUGUCAUCACUGAGUACUGUCGCUAUGGAGACCUGCUGAAUUUCCUACGGAAGAAGGCUGAAUCCAUAAUUAUCCAGGAUUCUUCCCUGGACACCUCUUUAGACAGUGCUGCUGAUUACAAAAACGUUGAUGUGGAGAAGAAAUACAUCCGCAGUGACAGUGGCUUUUCAAGCCAGGGUUUGGAAAUGUAUGUUGAAAUGAGGCCCGUGUCAUCAUCAUCUUCUUCAGCAUCAUCUGAUUCUGCGCAAGCCAGGGGGAAAACCUCAGAGGAAGUUGAUGAAACCAGAGAGGACCUCCGCCCCCUCAAUCUCUCUGACCUGCUACAGUUUUCCAGCCAGGUGGCCCAGGGCAUGGCAUUCCUUGCAUCAAAGAACUGCAUCCACCGUGACUUAGCAGCCAGGAACGUGCUGGUAUCAGAUGGACGGGUGGCCAAGAUCUGUGACUUUGGGCUGGCCCGUGACAUCAUGAAUGACUCAAACUAUGUUGUUAAAGGCAACGCCCGCCUGCCCGUGAAAUGGAUGGCCCCAGAGAGCAUCUUUGACUGCAUUUAUACAGUGCAGAGCGAUGUGUGGUCUUAUGGCAUCCUUCUCUGGGAGAUCUUCUCCCUUGGUAAAAGUCCAUAUCCUGGCAUGGUGGUGAACAGCAAGUUCUACAGCAUGGUGAAGCAAGGAUACCAGAUGGCCAGGCCUGACUUUGCUCCCUUGGAAAUGUACAGCAUCAUGCAGGCAUGCUGGAGCCUGGAGCCCACGCAGAGACCCACCUUUGACCAGAUCAGCUGCUUCAUUCAGAAAGAACUGGAGGUGCACAAGGAGCAGGACUACACCAAUCUCCCCUCUGCUGCUGAGGAGGACAGCGGCUGCGAUACCUCUGGCUGCUGUGAGGAGUCCUGUGAGCAAGAGGAGAGUGGCCAGCCCCUUCUCAAGAGCAACAACUAUCAGUUCUGUUAGCUGGGACCAUCACCCUGGGGUAGAUCCCUGUCCUUCUGGCUCUGCAGAGCUCAGCUCUGCCCUAGGACACCGACACCUUCUGCUUUGGCUC